AUGACGGGACUGAAAGAUCUCUCGACCGAAUUGCUGCUUUUCAUCGCCAGCUACCUGCCGAGCGGUGCCCUUCACUCACUGGCGCUCACAUCUAAGGAACUGAGCACCGCUGCUUAUGAUGAGCUUUACAAGAAGCUACAUCUCCCAACCCCGGACGGCAACGCCUCCGACUGGUCACAUCGUAUCUUCUUUCUGGUGCGCACUUUGUCAAUGCGGCCGCAUCUAGCUGAGCGCAUCGUGGAGCUCGAUGUUAGUGUAUGCUCGCGAAAUGACGAUUUGCACUCAGGCGGCCCAAUCGCCGCUGGUAGCUCCGCCAUCGGUCGCAUUCUUGACGUCGUGCCGGUAGGUUCACAGCUGGCUAACGAAAGGUGGGUGCGGGAAGUGUACAGCGCCAGUAGUGAAGCCUGGCUUGGACUUCUCCUAUAUAUGCUACCAAAUUUGGAGGACCUUACCGCUCGCUUCUUCGACAGACAUGACGAGUACCCUCCCAUGGCCGAAAACGCAAGCUUUCGUGCACUGUUCGAAGAUCCUGAAAUCGAUCUCAACACAGUCCCCGGCCUGCGCAAGGUGAAGAACCUGGAGCUGCACUGCAAGGCUUCAACCUGGAAGUUAUGCUGCUUGCCGAACCUGAAGCGCAUGCGGCUUGGUCCAAACGUCGACCUCUCUCUGCAUUAUGAGAUUUGCGAGCCUUCGUCUCAGGUAGAAGAGAUAUAUACGGAACAGGCGUCAGGUAUUCUAUUGCCACCAGCCCAGCCCAUGUUUCUCCAUGAGCGACACCUCAGGUCAACAUCUUUCUCUACACUUCGACGAUUGAGUAUCAGCCUAGACAACGGUUGGGGCCAUAUUGACGCAGAGAACAUCGGCUCCUUCGCAAAUCUGCUGCCGAAGAUUGAACCAAUGGUACACACACUCGAGGAACUUCGUGUGACGGUACUUCAAGGUACCUAUCCGGUGUUCCUGAACCUCGUCGAUCCCGUGCCUGUAGACUCUCUUAAUCGAUUCUACAAGCUGAAGGUACUGGAGGUACCACAAGCGCUGAUCCUUCCUCGAGGUUUUGAUCACUUGGCCAGUCGUAGCGACUUCUCUAUGACCGACUACAGUUAUCUUCCUACGACACUGGAAGCACUGCAGAUCUCAUAG